ACUUGGAGCUCCUGACCGCGCCCCUCAAGUUCCUAUUAAGUGCUUUCACCCCGAUCUUUGGAGGACGGAGAAUUCUGGAGCUUGUGGAAAUCGUUUUCCGUUACCACCUAGAAAGGAGGAAGGUGGUCCUCCACCGCCUCGGCAACACCUCUGAGUCUUAUUUUCCUGCCUCCGGUCUUAACAUUAAGAAUGUUCUUUUGUUUCACUCCUUUGGGGGCUUAAAAGCAAUGACUGCAUUUCUGGAGUUGUCGCAUUAUCUCAUGUAGUUUCUUCUGUAGGCUUGAGUCAAGAACGUUAAGUCAUCUUGGUAAUCCUGGGUUGGAUGCCUAACGUUGCCGGGAAAAAGACCAGGAGAACUUUCAGGAAAAAACUUAGCUGUAUCCAACAAUUCAGAUAUGGCGGAAGUGAAGUCAAUGUUUCGGGAAGUUCUUCCAAAACAAGGGCAGUUGUCAGUGGAAGAUAUAACCACAAUGGUGCUGUGUAAACCCAAACUUUUGCCCUUAAAAUCUCUGACUCUGGAAAAACUGGAGAAAAUGCAGCAAGCAGCCCAGGAUACGAUUCGCCAACAAGAAAUGGCAGAAAAGGAACAACAGCAAAUAACUCACUGAAUGGUAACUUUGCAGUUCUACAGAAUACCCUGCCUUACUAUUAACAAUAGCUAGACAAUAACUUGCAUCUGUAUACUGAAGAUGGUGUGUUAAUAAAACUGAUAGUGCUUAUAAAAUAAAAAUACCCAAAACUAAUGAAACCUGUGAAUUUAGACACACUCUGGUUUGUAUUGAACAUGAGCAAUUAAAAAACUGAACCCAAAUUUUAUUGUUCUUUUUUACCCAAGUCUUUGGAACCAUAAAUUACUGUUUCACCAUUCCUAUUACUGUUAAGACUCACAGAUAACAUUCUUAGGCACAAGUGACUAAAUGCAACUUUUAUAUUCAGAUAAUCUUUACAUGUUUAUUAAAAACUGAACUUGAAGGUACAUUCUAAUCUCGUACAAAGCGUUUUGGGGCUUUUACAUUAUUAUCUAAUUUUAAAACUUGUUUAUGAAUUUUGUGUUUCAUAUUUAAGGCUAUUUUGCCUGACCAACUGGUCCUACCAGUAAUAACAAGACUGUAUUUCUCAAACAAAUAGGAUUUUUAAGAAACCUUCACUUAUCAAGUAGUCCCCUGAGCUUUUAAUGAUACUGACUUUAAGGACUAAAGAAUUGCCGGGCUACCUUUAUCAUCCAGGUAUCAAACACAAUUAAAACCCUAAAAAUAGAAAAAAAUAUGGACUUGAAGGAGCCCAUGAGAUAAAUAUGAACAUUAAAUUUGGGGUUUUAGUUCUAAGAGACUCCCUAAACCUGUAAGGGGCAUAUUCCUAAGAAUAUGUUUGUUAAUCUGAAUAUAAUUCUUGGCUGGUUGCUAUAAUCAAUAAUAGACUAUUUAAAUUAGCAUAGGCCUUGCUGAGUAAUUAGGCUCUGCAAAAGAGGUUAGAAAUGUGAUCAUUCUUUAGAGAACUAUUAUUAAACUGAUAAGAACAGAACUAUUAUUUAUUGGUAGCUACUAUUUCUCAGACACUGGAUAAAUGUAAAAACUUUUUGAGUCUCUGAAGAAUAACUUUGUAACACAAACAUUAGCUGGUAACAGAACUUAAGAAUGAUGAAACGUAUUGUAUUUUUAACAUAUCACUGAGCUUUAGAGAAGAUCAAAAAACAUGUAUACAUUUCCCACAGAUAAUAUUAAAAGAAUUUACUACUGUACUUUUAAGUUUGCAAAGAACAAAAUUUAAAUUCACUAGGUUCAAAUAUGCUCCCUUAUAGGAUUUAAAAUUUGCUGUGUAAAAUAAAAGUUUUUAAAAAGACCUAAAUAUGUGUACUCCCAAUAAAGAAUCAACACUG